AGCAACACUGUUCAUUUCCCCCCAGCUGAUUGAAAAUUUGUAAUAGAGUAGGAAAAUAUUUGUAGAAAACUAACGUAAAAUGAAAAGCAUCGCUUGUGGCAGUUAAAUCAACUACCGAAUUAAAACACUCUGUAUCAAGGAUUCGAGUGGGAUAUUUCACAGUCGAAGCAGAAAAUCGAGUACCAAAAAUUCCUGGCGGGCGUAUCAGAAGCAUCACAAGUUUCUGGUUGGAUAGUGAUGAAGCCCACCCAAACCGGGGGAAGUGGCUCCAAGAUGUCCGAGCCGAUCGAGUAUGUGACGCUGAUAAGCGACGAUUCCGACGGCGAGCCCUUGCCAAAACGAAAUGCUCCUCCACCAGGCACCACCUCAACCGCUGCGAAGCAAAAGCCGGUGCCGGACGACGACUCUAACGAUGCGACGCCCAGCAGCACCGCCACCGGGGACGAGCGGCGCACCAGUAGACGCAACAGGCCCAAGGUGGACUACAGCAACCGACAAAGUGGCACUGUUGAGAAUGCCACUAAUGAAAAGUCAAACACAGCAACUGUAACCGGCAAAGAUCAGGUCGAUCGCCGCAGUCAGAAUCAAACGCAGGCCCGAAAGUCGGAUGCCAUUCCCACGAGUGCCUCGGGGCAAGCGGCAGCUAAUCCCCGACCGUCGCAGAAUGGCGACUCCAAGGAACGGGACGUUGGCACGCCCACUGUCCUAUCCGGCCAGGAGGGCGCCGUCUUUCAGUCCCGACUGCCCUUUAGCAAGAUGACGCCCAAUGAGGAGGCCUGUUUUCCGGACAUUAGUAGGUCUGGUAUUCUGGGCCACCGGGUGUUUCUCAAUAUUCGAAACAGUUUGCUGCACAUGUGGGUGGACAAUCCGAAGGUGCAGCUCAGUUACGAAAAUGCCAUGAAGGCGCUGCCGCCACCCUUUGACAGCGAACCCAGUCUGGUGAGGCGAGUACAUUCGUUUCUGGAGCGGCACGGCUUCAUAAACUUUGGAAUCUUCAAACGGCAGCGGCCCAUUCCCACCAAGAAGCUGGGCAAGGUGAUUGUGAUCGGUGCAGGAAUCUCAGGACUGGCCGUGGCUCAGCAGCUGCAGCAGUUCGGCAUGGAUGUGAUUGUGCUGGAGGCGAGGGAUCGUGUUGGCGGACGGAUCGCCACGUUUCGCAAAAACAGCUACAUCGCUGACUUGGGCGCCAUGGUUGUGACCGGUGUCUACGGCAAUCCAAUGACCAUCUUGAGCAAACAGAUCGGCAUGGACCUGGUGCCCAUCCAGCAGACCUGUCCGCUCUACGGACCGGACGGAAAGCCCGUGGCCAAGGAGAAGGACGAUGUUAUCGAACGGGAAUUCAAUCGGCUAUUGGAGUCUGCUAGCUAUCUAUCCCACCGCCUGGACUUCAACUACGCUGGUAAUUGCCCGGUGUCGCUGGGAGAUGCACUCGAGUGGAUCAUCAGCAUGCAGGAGAUGCAGGUGAUGAACAAGCGUGCCGUGCACAUGCAGGAGAUCAUUGCAGCCCAAACGAAAAUAAUCGAGCACCGACAACGGCUGAAGAGCGUCAAACAGAACAUUGCCAACUUGAAGAGCGAGCACCAAGCCUUGCUCAAACAGCGCCUGCCCAAGGGAACAGCUAACGUUGCGACCUAUGCGCGCCAAGAGUUCAACAAAAGGAAUACCCAGAUCAAGCUGGAGGACACGAUCAAGCUCUACGGUGAGCUCCACGAAGAGGACAAGCGGUUAGAGGCCAAGCUGCGCGAACUGGAACAGAACCGACCCAGCGAUGUGUAUCUCUCCUCCCGCGAUCGACUCAUUCUGGACUGGCAUUUUGCCAACCUCGAGUUUGCCAAUGCCACCCGACUGAACAACCUGUCGCUGAAGCACUGGGACCAGGACGACGACUUUGAGUUCAUAGGCCAUCACACCACCGUCCGCAAUGGGUAUUCCUGUGUACCAGUGGCGCUAACCGAAAACCUGGACAUUCGCGUCAACAGCGCCGUCAAGGAGAUUAAAUAUGGAACUCAGGGUGUUGAGGUCGUGGCCGAAAAUCUUAAAACCUCCAACUCACUGAUGUCCUACAAAGCGGAUCUGGUCGUGUGUACUCUAACCCUGGGAGUUUUGAAGUUGGCGGUGGCUCACGAGGAAUCGCAGCAGAGCAAUACGGUUAAAUUCGAUCCUCCACUGCCCGAUUGGAAGCAACAGGCUAUCCGGCGGUUAGGGUUUGGUAAUCUCAACAAGGUUGUCCUCUGCUUUGAUCGCAUUUUCUGGGACCCGAACGCGAAUCUCUUUGGGCACGUCGGCAGUACCACCUCCAGCCGCGGAGAAAUGUUUCUAUUUUGGAGCAUAAGUUCUUCGCCGGUGCUUUUAGCUUUGGUGGCUGGAAUGGCCGCCAAUAUCGUGGAGAGUGUAACGGACGACAUCAUCAUUGGAAGAUGCAUGUCCGUGCUGAAGAACAUCUUUGGCAACACCUCAGUACCGCAGCCCAAGGAGACGGUGGUCACACGAUGGCGCAGCGAUCCGUGGGCGCGGGGCUCUUACAGCUACGUCUCCGUGGGUUCCUCCGGCAGUGACUACGAUCUGCUAGCGGCGCCAGUGAUUCCGCCAACAUGCAAGGAGCCGGAGGGACUGCCACGCUUGUUUUUCGCCGGCGAGCACACGAUAAGAAAUUAUCCGGCAACGGUACACGGUGCCUAUUUGAGUGGCUUGCGGGAAGCGGGACGCAUCGCUGACUACUAUCUGGGGUAUCCGGAAGGCACGCCUCCCGACAUCGGUUACUCGGUAGCCGAGGCGGCCAAUUCCGUAUCGGUUGGCAAUGUUGUGAAGUUGCGCGACCUCUCGCCCAAUCUCUCCGACUCGCCGUCGUCCAAGAAGUCCGAGGAGAAUUCAAAUUCAAACACUGCCGACUCCGCGGAGCUACAGUAAUCGUGGAGGACACGGGCUCUUUGUGUUCAGAGCUAAGCUAGACUUUAUGUAUAUACCUAAGACUUUUCCAGCGCAUAUGGACUACGAUAGUUUAGUAUAGAAACCAUUAUUUUAUUUAAACCACAUCUACAAAUUAAGAGAAAAAGGGAAUCAACGACACCGAAUUAAUCAUAUAUAUUAAUUUUUAUUUAAAGUAAAUCUUCAGCCUAUUACCUUGAGUUAUGUAACUUAUUUAAGCCAUUCGAAAGUUAAAGAAAUUGGAAGAAAUCUUCUAGACACAC